AUAUUUAACAAUUAAAAAUGAAGUUAGUUGCAAAUUAAUUAAUAAAAAGAAUCAGUGUAAUUGUGAUAAAAAUUUGUACAAAUGCAUUUACCAGCGUCAAUAUCGACAUCAAGUAUACAAACUGGUGAAGAUCAUCACCUACCGCAUCAUUUACACCAAAACAAUCAUAAUCAACAAAUUUGGGUAAAAAAAGAAACAACAAUUAUGUCCGAAUCGUCUCCAACAAAUUCCUCAACAACGUCAGCAUCAUCAGCAAAUAAUAGUUCACAACAAACACAAAUCAAUGAAAAUUUAUGGUGGAUUGAACGUUAUGUCCAUCAAGCACAUCAAGAUCAUCCACGUGAAUUAGUGAAUACCGAUAGUCCAUACUUUUUAUGUACAGCGUUACCAAAUCAUUGGCGCUCAAAUAAAACUUUACCGAUUGCAUUUAAAGUGGUUGCAUUAGGUGAUAUACAUGAUAAUACGUUAGUGACUGUACGGGCGGGUAAUGAUGAAAAUUAUUGUGCUGAAUUACGGAAUUAUACAGCUGUGAUGAAAGGACAAGUAGCAAAAUUUAAUGAUUUACGUUUUGUUGGACGUAGUGGUCGUGGAAAAUCAUUUUCCAUUACAAUCACAAUAUCAACAGUUCCACCACAAGUAGCCACCUAUAAAAAAGCAAUUAAAGUGACGGUAGAUGGACCUAGAGAACCUAGAUCGAAAACAACUGGUCAACAACCGUAUCGUGUAGUCGGCUUAGGGCAACGUCCAGCAUUGUUGGAUCCACCAUAUUCAACACACUACACGGACGUGUUACGAAGAAAAGGUGUAUCAUAUCAUCCCCAUCCACAUCAUCAUAGUUUAUUAUCAUCACAAAUGACAUCAUCACAUCCGAGUAGUGGAACAAAUUUAAGUUCAGAAGUGCCAAUUAGUAAUUCAACUUCCAAUACUGGAAAUACAUUGUACAAAUCACAGCCAAUAGAUUCUAGUGGAAAUUCCAGUGUACUAUCCAGUCAACCUGUAGAUACCUGGAGCGGUGGAUAUACGUCUACAUAUUCACCAUAUGGGUCACCAUUGCAAAGUACAAAUAGUGGAUGUACUUAUUAUGAAACGCAUCCACAAGAAGUCGUUCCAGCAUCACAUAAUCCUAGCCUUCAUUUACCAACAGUUCUUCCAGAUCCGCCUGGCCAUGACUACGCUUUAACGCAAUUACCAAAUCAUCACAACAUAUUUCCUACAAAUGCCAAAUCAAUAACACCAACGGGUUCCGAAUUCGAUCCAUUAUCAUCGAGUCCACGAUACGAUUCAACAGCAUACUAUCAAAAUAAUUGGAAUCAAACUCCAGCCGUCUAUGCCAGUAAUUACAAUACAUAUUAUCCACCUGCAAAUAGUAAUCCAAAUCAAUAUGGAACGGGUCCUGCCGUCCAAACUGUUCUUGUCUGUCCUCAAGUAUAUUCAACCGUCAAUCAAAAUCAAAUUCAUGUACACUAUCAUGGAUCCACGGCGGAUAAACAAGAUUCAUCCGCAUAUUUAACAUCGGCACAUGAUUCUUUACCAUUACCAAUUAGUCCAACAACCGCGCGAGUGAAUGAGAUGAGCUUAUUACCAUCGAGUGGUCAUAGUUUAAACGAGCAGACAUCUUUACAAGAUAUGGAUAGAGGGCAACAGCAUCAAACGUCGUGCGUUCAACAGAACGAUGUGUGGCGUCCGUACUGACAAAAAUAUUAUUAUGUAUAAAAGAAAAAAGAACUUUUAGAAAUUUUGUA